UGACGGCGGUGGAUUUGAUCCAGGAAUGAUCGUGGGGACGGAGACCAUGCUCCGGGGGAACGAGUCGUCAUGGAAGCUGGAGACACAGUGUGUUGAGAAAUUGCUACAUCGGUUGAAGGACGAGAAGAACCUCAUAAUCACAGAGGUUGUGCAUGAUGAUUGUGGCGCGGUUGACGUCAUAUUGCGGCGAAUGAACAUUGACUCACAAAAGUGUAUAUGGCAUAAGGUGAAGACUUUGGUCAAACGCUUGCGAGAGGCUGUGCAAGGCACGAAGACUGUCAAACCAACUGCAGUCGGGGCUUGCGAGCAUGUGCGCGAGGUGAAGUGUUUCACAAAGAAGGAGCUCGAACUUUGGCUCGAAUCGAAAUGUGUACACGUGGCAGGGGUGUCCACGAGAAAAAAAGAUGAACUCGCUGAGAUUGUUUGGGGCGUGCUCUUCCCCGACGAAGCAGGGAAAGUGUUGCCUGAUGAUGUCGUCGAGAUCGACGCGUUGCAAACACUGCAUUACAAUGCAGCGGAGGAGGCGAAGGAGUGGUUGUACGGUGCUUGCAGGCUGCGCGAGCAUGCAAAGGAUGACGAUGGUGAUGUGUUGGCCACGCAUGUGCAACACCUCGCCAAUCAUUGGGCUGGGGAUCACUCCUGUUGCGAUAUAGAGUUGUCCAACCUGUGCAAAGCGGCUGGGGGUCCGGACAAGGAUCCAUUGUACGAGGCGGGUGGGCGUGUUCAUUUCGCCGUCGCGCGCUGUCUUGAACAGUUCGCUUCGAAUACGACGAUGGCGUACUACACACGUGCGAGGAUGACCUUCAACAACGAGUGCUUCCACUCUGUGAUCAACAAGUACGCAACGAAACGCUUGAACUUCCUCAAGUCGUAUGAGGCGCGGGUGUGUUGCACCGCUUUGGAGUGGAACAAAAACAAACGAAUCAGGCGAUUGUGCACAGUCUUCCGCAAACCGACAAACGUAACCCAUCGACGUCGUUCCACACGACAGCAUAUAUACGCCGCACGGGAUACGUCGUGGCGCUUCGACAUUGCAACAACAGUUUUUGGCCGCCCUCGGGUCGGAGAUUGGGCACGUAACAUGUUGCGGCAAUCGGACGUCGACGACCCAAUUAUUGAGCAUUAUGAUGAGGAAGUCGAUUAUGGACUCCCUGAUGUCGUUGAGAGUGCGGUGGAGGGUGUUGUGGAUGAAGGUGACAAUGUUUUCGUUGAGGCGGGAAGCGAAAGUGCUUCAGAUGACAUAAAGUCGUCUUCCGACUCCGACACCGAUGAUGCCGUUCACCGCCUCGACUUUGACGACGCCGUUCUUUCGCAGGAGGUGUCCGUUGCGCAGGAGUGAUAGUGUCACGUACUACAUCGAUGCCCAUUGUCGUCGUCAUAAUCAUUAGAAUGUUAUGUCCUCGAUUUGAAAUGGUUGUGAGAACUGGUUGUGAGAACAGGUUGUGAGAACUGGUUGUAAUUUUGAACUGGUUGUGAUAAUUGGUUGUUCGAACUGGUUGUGAGAACUGGUUGUAAUUUUGAACUGGUUGUGAUAACUGGUUGUUCGAACUGGUUGUAAUUUUUGAACUGGUUGUGAGAGCUGUUUUUCAUGUAUACUAAUUGUAUAUAUGUUUUGUGUACACUUUAUGAUAACCGGUUCUGAAUAUAUAUAUAUAUAUAGAUAAAUAGAUAGAUAGAUAGAUAGAUAGAUAGAGAGAGAGAGAAAAAAAAAAUAAAAAUAAAAAUCAUAUGUAGAUAUGUGUCCAUGUGGCAAAAUUGAUAAAUACAAAACAAUACG